AUGUCUGGGCUCGGUCCUUCAGACCAUCACCAUGACUCCGCACCCACCUAUCAGCCGUCGAUGCUAGACGAGGAUCAAUCUCAUAGCACAGCUCCCCUCUUAUCCAAGUCUGAAGCUUAUGAAACCGCACCAGCAGACGGGAUGAAAGAGCUCGAGAUGGGAGACGUCAAGAAUCUCAUCCCGAGCCCGAGCCCCAGACCAAGCUCGACUUUCGGGGUUGACGAUGAAUGGACUCCCAGGUUCAAGCGGAGUCAUUCUCAAUCCAGAAGCUUCAGGAGGACCUGUCUGCUGUUCCUUCUCAAGGCUGUUCUGGCUGUUUGGUUCAGCGUAGUGCUUUAUAAUGUGAUUAGGUAUUGUGCGAAGUCGCCCAAAACCGGUGAUCUCCCAGACACCAGCACCAGCAUCAGCGCCGAGGAUACUACUGCAACUGCAUCCAAUGACCGGAGAAUAACAAUCGACUCCAACACCGGGAACAUACACGGCGUGUACCCCCUCUACGACUCCCUCUCCCUCAGCACAACAACCGGUAACAUCACCGUAGCCAUUGCCCCGCAAUCAGCCCACCCAGACCACCCAUUCGAGCCAGCACGGCUGCAUAUCCGUUCCGUCUCAGGGACGGUCACCGUCUCAUUCACCGCUCCGGAGGCAGCCGUCCUCCCGGGCCUCGAACUAUCCAUGAAGCUGUACCAGGAAACUAACGACUCGUCACAUAGCGAGAUCAUGAAAACCUGCGAGCUACCGGCGAGGCUUUACGAACUCGACAUCCAAACAGAAUCCGGCCCCAUCGCAGGCCGGAUGGUCUUUACGCGCUCCGCGCGGCUGAUUUCGGGUGGUGGUGAUAUCACUGCUAUGCUCAUUCCGGUUAUUGGUGGUGUUGGUGAGGAUUGUACCAGGGAGAUGUGGCGGAAUGUGUCGAUCGCGACGGAGACUGGAGCCGGUGAGCAGCGGGUUCAUGUCACCGAGCCUUAUGUCUUGGGUUCCAAACCCGAGGCUGGGGUGGAGGCUAAUUACGUUGUGGCUGGGUGUCAUGUUGCGGGGAAGGGGUCGAUGGAGGUUGCAUAUCCGGCUGCUUGGGCUGGGAAUGUGCAUGUGCGUACUGAAGGUGGGAGUGUAAGGCUCGAGGGGGAGGGUAUGGAAGUUGUGGAGUCGGGAGAGGGGAUCGUUGAUGCGAUGGUUGGGACGGGGAGGAUUAGUGAUGAUGAGGAGGAUGAUUACGAUGACGAAACCGAUGAUGAGGAUGAAGAUGACAACGAGAAAAACGACAACGACGACGACGACGAUGAAAGAAGGCCAGGAGGAUGGAUGGAUGUAACCUUCAAGUCCAAGGAGGGAUCAAUCCUGUUCUAUGUUGGGUAA